CUGACAUUUUUAUGGAUUCCAAGUUCUCUAACUGCAUGAUGAAAAAAAAGAAAUGUAAUUGGAGGGGCGAUCUCUCGCUGGGUAAAUAAGAUCUUUAUAGCUUAUAAAGAAUCUCCUUCCUAGAGCAGAGCUCAUUUGAUUCUGUGAUGUCUGUUGAGGCUGACCAACCAACAAGCAAUAGAAUUUCAACUUGUGAAGUCACCAGAGUUCGGCAAUUUAUUCAAAAGUUGGAAACUUCAAAGAGGAUGAAGCGAGAUUUGCGAUGGGAUGCAAUUGAGUCGAUCAGCUUCUCAGAUAGAGAGUCAGAGAUUGGAAGCUUUACUGACAGUGAUGAUGAUGAUGCUUGGGAUGCUCCUACCCCAUUAGAUCCAGACACCAUCUCACCUAAUGUCGGUAAAAACGUGGAUGAUUCGCCAGAGAGUUCAGCACCUGUGGAGAAGGAGAUUAUAGACUCUCCAGCAAGCCCGGACCUCGAGUCUCCAGAGAGUUCAGCACCUGUGGAGAAGGAGAUUGUAGACUCUCCAGCAAGCCCAGACCCCGAGUCUCCAGAGAGUCCACCACCUGAGGGGAAAGGUUUGGGUGAUCUUCCAAGCCCAUCAUCAGACAGCUCGAUGAUGGUUGUGGAAGACUCCGAUUCAAUGGAGAUAGAUCCACCUGAUUCUACUAUAUCAGAGGUAGCACCAGUGAUUCCAGCGAAUAUUGAGACUGCACUAAGUAAUUCGGCGGAUGACACAGAACCAUUUGUUCGAGUGGGGGAAACUGUCUGCCCACCAGCAGAUGACUCAGAUGAUGAUGUGGAACCUGUUCGAAUUUUGGUACCUGAAGAAUGGGAAGGUGUGAUGCCAGAAAGGGCUAUGAAGAAGAAGCUGAGAGAUAUCAUCAAUAGUCAUUAUAAAGUUGGCGCAUCUUUUGUCACAAUGGGAGAAGUUCGAGCCAAGCUGAUCUUCUGUCCUCACGGGAAUAUUUUCUUUCGACCAAUGGGAUCAUUUAAACAUCCCAAGCGAUGGUCAACCAAUAUUAAAAUCUAUUCAGAGUUGUAAUUUCCGAGGGAAAAUUAUUUUGAAAAAGUGUCUUCUACCACCUGAUAAUUAAACAGUGAAAAAUGUUAUUACUUACGCUUCAUGAUUUUUUAAAUUUAUAAUAUUAAAAUGUUCAAGUGACGAAUUGGAAAAUAUCGCUGUAAUCAUCUAUGCUUUGAAGACUGUAAUAUUAUUCCGUCAAAAUAUCUAUGCAUAUAUAUGUAUUGAAUAAAUCAGAGUUUGCGCGCCAGACACCCAGAGUGAUACAGACAACAUUUGGAGGCUUGGAGGCCUGAGUGACAGAGCGAUAGCGGAAGAGUGGCGAUGGUGCGGCGAGAGGCCCAACGUUGUCUUGACGUCUCGCUUCUUUAGUACGUUGAGUUGAAUUGACGCAACAAUGAAACUUGAAGUGUACGUUUUCCCGGAUCCCGAAAUGAGGCAGGAGUGGGAGGAGGACGAUGGGAGAAUGGAGGAAUGGUGACUGGGGGAAGUGGAAAAAUUGGGGGAGAAUCUCCUCUGAUACUUCCCCCUAAUCGCCAGACUCGAGAUACCCAUGGACUUGGUCGUCGAGUUCAUGGCGUACCUUGGCGAGAAUUUUUAUGCUAAUAAGGAAGCCCGGCUUCACCAAUUGUUGAGGGAGUUCUUCGACUCUUGAACUGCGUUUGGUGGGACGGGAGGAAGAGGCGCGUGAGAUGUGGCCUCACACGCACGCACGCUUUGCAGCGGCAGCUGUCAUGAUUCUGGAUGCUCAGGAUUGUGGAUCAGGAUUGUGGAUCAAGAGGAUCGCCCUGUGAAUUUCCGCAGCGAAGGGGGAAAAGUUGGUUGCAGUUAUAAAAGUACGAACUCAUGUCGGCAAGCGAACAGUCGUCGAGUGCAUCUCACGAAGCUGACAUCGCAGAACGUCAAGUUCCUGCGGAUUCUGGGACGAAGAAUUCGUGGAAAAGGAGGAAAGUGAAGGUUCGCUGUGUCUUCAUCGCCUGCUGUUACUGUCACCUGCCAUGGAAGAGAUCCUGAAUAUUCAGAAGCGGAUAAUCUUUUUUGAGUCCCUUGCUCAUUAUGAGAUUUGAUCGCACCAACCAUUUGCAUCGUCUUCCUUCAGCAACAAUGACCAAAUCUGUAUUUCCGUACAACACCAGGAUCUCUAUGUACUGUCAUUCAAAAGUUCAUUACACAUUUGUGGUAGAUUGACGAAAGCUGAUAAUACACUCGUUGCAAAUACACAACUUGUGAAUAAUGCAGCCUGUCAUUUAUUCGAAGAAAUACGCUAUGAAUUGAAUUCUGUGGAAAUCGAUAGGUGUAUAAAUGUUUGUUUGACGACUAAUUAAUGAAAAAUUACAUCUCUCAGAGUCCUAGCCAGAAAUAUCUCAUGGAAAAUGCGGGCUGGG